UCUACCUCAGCAGCGAUAACUUGCUAGUUGUAAACACUUACUGUGGCAUGCAUAAGUAAUUGAACUGCCCUUGAACUUUGUGACAGAUAUGACAUUUAAAAAAAAGACACACGGGUGGAGAGAUGCAGGUUGUUAGCUGAACGUUUGUGCCUGUUUUCCUGCCUGUACUCCAGUCAUGGUGGGGAUUCUCAAAAGAACACUAAGACUGCAGACAGCUCUCAGACUUCUGAGCCCCCAUAGCCCAUCCUCAUCAACAGUCACAGCCAGACUUUCACCUCUGCACCACCGCAGGCCAUUUCUUCCCGCCACCUCAUGGCAGUUUGGAGUCUGCUGUCGAAAGCUUCACAAUGGGGUAGAAAUGCCCAAACCGUCCGCUGCUGCAGCCCCAGACCGGCUGCCGUUCUCCACCAUAACGCAGGAAGAUUUAGCCUUUUUCAGGAAGAUCCUACCAGGAAGAGCCAUCACUGACGCGGACCUGUUGGAGUCCAGUAAUGUGGAUUGGCUCAAGUCAGUGAGAGGUUCCAGUGAACUGUUGCUGAGACCUCAAACAACAGAGGAAGUUUCAACAAUUCUCAAGUAUUGUAACGGUCGUAAUUUAGCGGUGAACCCUCAAGGAGGCAACACUGGGCUGGUUGGGGGAAGCGUGCCAGUUUAUGAUGAGGUCAUCCUCUCCACUGCCCUUAUGAACAACAUCCUCACCUUUGAUGCUAUCUCAGGCAUUCUGACCUGUCAGGCAGGUUGUGUCUUGGAGAACUUGUCCCUUUACCUGGAGGACAGAGACUACAUCAUGCCUCUUGAUUUGGGGGCAAAAGGCAGUUGCCACAUUGGGGGAAACGUGGCAACGAAUGCAGGAGGACUCCGGCUGCUGCGAUACGGUUCCUUACACGGGACUGUGCUGGGUCUGGAAGUGGUGUUGGCAGAUGGGCAGGUGCUGGACUGCUUGGUCACACUGCGGAAAGAUAAUACAGGAUAUGACCUCAAACAGCUCUUCAUAGGGUCAGAAGGCACACUGGGGGUCAUCACCGCAGUGUCCAUCCUUUGUCCACUGAAACCCAAAUCUGUUAAUGUGGUUUUUCUGGGAUGCGAGACCUUUGAGCAGCUGCUGAAGACAUUUCAGCUCUCCAGAGGCAUGCUGGGAGAAAUUCUGUCUGCUUACGAAUUCCUGGACAGUGAAUGUAUGAGGCUGCUGAAUACGCACCUCAAACUACCCAAUCCCAUUUCUGAUUGUCCAUUCUACGUCGUCAUAGAAACGUCUGGAUCUGACCCAACACAUGACGGGGAGAAACUUCACAAUUUCUUAGAGGAGGCGAUGACGUCAUCGUUGGUCGCUGAUGGCACUGUUGCAACUGAAGACUCAAAAAUAAAAGCUCUGUGGUCAAUGCGUGAACGCGUGACGGAGGCGCUGACGCACGAUGGCUUCACUUACAAGUAUGACAUCUCACUUCCAGUGGAGCGGAUCUACCAGCUGGUGACAGACAUGAGGGAGCACCUGGGGGACCGAGCCAAGAGUGUGGUGGGAUACGGACACGUAGGAGAUGGAAAUCUCCACUUGAAUAUCACCUCUCCUGCCAAAGACCCUGCUCUUCUCGCUGCCAUCGAGCCCUUCAUCUUCGAGUGGACAGCCAGCUCCCGCGGCAGCAUCAGUGCAGAGCACGGACUGGGCCUGAAGAAGAGGAACUACAUCUACUACAGCAAACCCAGCCAGGCUGUGGCUCUGAUGGGUAACAUCAAGGCCAUGCUGGACCCUAAGGGCAUUCUCAACCCGUACAAAACUCUACCAGAUGACCUGAAAUGAGCCAAACUGUCGCACUGCUGUGGGGUCCCGGUGUGCGAUGGCCGGUUUCCCCUCGGUGCCGAAGAUCUCCGUGUGUAGGUGCACCAGGCCGCACGCUAUCGACGCCGCCAUCGCCAAGCCCUCCGACGUCUCCACGGCAACUCGUUGCAAGUAGUCAUAAAGUGAACCGUUCUCGUGGUAAUGGGUGAUGAGCCACAGCUGGGUGCUGGAGUUGCGAGAAGUCAUGUCGGACGCCAUGAAGCCUGGGACAAGAGAACAUGACGGAUGAGAAUAAAACUUAUCAAAAUGUGUAUAAUUUAUUUAUUCGAUAUGCUAAUCUCUGAACCCAUCAGUCUGACAAUGCUGGAUUAUAUUAUAUAAGUGAUUAUUUUCACUCUAUUGUAAGCAACCCUAUUAAGAAUGAAACAUUUAUUUUAAAAACAAGUGUUUUCAAUUUUUAUUCUAGAAAGGUUUUUGUAACCUUGUUAUGAAAAGUGCUAUAUAAAUAAAGUUUUAUUAUUAAUAAGGUAUAGGCAAACGUGUUGUGGGAGGAGUAGGUUAAUAAGUAAAUGCAUUGUGAUUCAUUAACAGAGUUGGUAGCAACUGUUUUAAGUGAACUGUGUUGCUGAGUAACUGGUCUAACAAGAUCUAUCAGACUCACCCAGAACGUUUUCAUGUCUUAGCAGCACAGUGUUGUAGAUCUCCGUCUCUCUGAACCAGGAUUUCUCAUCUCUUGAGGAGAAGAUUUUUACAGCCACGUUCUCGCCCUGCCACUGGCCCCGCCACACCUCUCCGUACCUUCCUUUGCCUGAAAAAGAGGGAUAAGAAAAAGAUUCCACAUCAACGGCACAAAGCCACAUUUUUCCAAUUCCAAACUGCACUGUGUGGUUCACAACAGGAGCUCAAGGCAUGUGACCCACAUACUUACAUUUGAAUACUCAAAUAGAAAUUUGGCAGAGUUGCCACGAGUGAAUCUUACAACACCAACCAACUGUCAUCAUUUUAAACGGUCUACGACAUGAAGAAUGGCAAAGAAACACAUGACUUGUGCUCAGUUGCUCUGAAUAAGUAAAACAUGAUGUGACCUUUCAUUUGUUGCCCUCACAUGUGUUUGACUUUGCUGUCAUAGCUGCAUCUUGAUACGGGUGACAUCCUAGAAUAACUAUGUACAGUCACGACAAUCUGCUUUAUGUGCAUAUAAACUAAUCUGUGCAUGAAUAAUAUGGAUAUUUUCAGCGUGUGUGUGGAACUUGUAUACAUCCCAGGUUUAGUUUUAUUGUGGGUUGGUUGUCGUCAUUAUUUCAAUUAGUUUAGAUUUAGUUUCAUACAUACUUUCAUGUCAUGUCGUUUUAAACAUUGUAAAAGAAACUGUUGAAAUACUUCCUAAUUGAUAACAUCAGCUGUCAAUCAAAGAGACCUGAAUCCAAGAUGUAGAUGUCCUGUGCUCCGUAUUGUGUCAUACGUACCGACGCACUCCAUCAGGCUGAUCUGCCUGGCCACAGUUCUCUGCACGAGGAAGGGAAGACCUGAACCACUGCCUGACGUACACGAGUGGUCCAGUAGAUCCUACAGACACACAAAUAUCAGAUUAGCUGCAUAUGCCUAGUCUUUAGAAGGAGUACAUGUAUACACAGCACAUGGAGGUGCAAUGCUACUUCAAUUCAGCAUCUAUUUAAAUAAAUCGUGGUGUGGAGUCAGUAUGUAAUUCUUACUCUGCUCAACUUCAGCAUAUGUUCCUGCACUGCAGACAUUUGGGGCCUAAUUAAGGCUCAGCAGGAAAUUAUUGUGGAAAUGGUCAUGACCAAAACUCUCUAAUGUUGGGGUGAAAUCAAGUUCCACAAAUUAAAUGGUUUUAUAUACUUUGAGAAUAAAAUGGAAUAAGAUGACAGAUUGUA